AUGAAGGAGGACAUGCAGAGGGUUGGUGUGCCAGAAGAGGAUAUGGUUGGCAAGGAGAUGAUGGUGUCCAAAAAUGGCUGUCCUCCAUCCAACCUGGCUGAUUGUGGUGGAAGUGUCAACCAGCUAGGAGGAAUGUUUCUCAACGGCAGACCUCUCCCACAAUCCAAGAGACGAAAAAUGAUUCAGCUGGCUUCGGAGGGAGUCCGUCCAAGCCAGAUCUCCAGGAUACUUAGGGUGUCCAACGGGUGCGUCAGUAAGAUUCUGAGCCGCUACCGGCGCACAGGACUCCUGGAACCCAAGACCAUCGGAGGAAGCCGCCCCCGACUUCUCACCUCAGGUGUCAUCUCUACAAUCAUCCAGUGCAAAAGGGAAAAUCCGACAAUUUUUGCUUGGGAAAUUCGAAAACGGCUUGCAGCGUCGCGGAUAUGCAAGGCCUCCAAAGUCCCCAGUGUGUCAUCUAUAAAUAGGAUUUUAAGAAAGAUCCACUUGGACCACGGACUGCCAUGCAUGGACCUCAAUGCUGAUAUCAGGGUAGAGCAGGAUUUUUAUUCUCUGGCUCAAGAAGAAGCAAAUAAGCAUGAGACGUUUGAGACAAUGUGCAGUAAUAACCAGAAAUCUAAAGGCGUCCAGCAUAGAAUCCGCACCACCUUCACACUGGAGCAGAGCAGAGCACUCGAGCAAGAAUUCUCUCGCAGCCAGUACGCUGAUAUGUACACAAGAGAGAAACUGUCCGCCGAAAUCAAGCUCCCCGAGGACACCAUCAAGGUCUGGUUUUCGAACAGACGGGCUAAAUGGAGGCGAGAAGCCAAGCAGAGAAGCAGUGCACAGACAGCUGAUGACUUUCAAAAGCAAAGGGACUUUAUUCCUGUGAAUCCAACAACUGCACAGAGCUACGCAUCUCAACAGGCUACUGGAAUGGCAAAAGUCAACCCUGAAAGCUCCUCGUUGUGCUGCACUGUCACCAGGAAGCUGCAAAAUAGCUGCUUCUUCCCAACAGAAACAGGUAUGGGGAAUUCUGGACGUCCUGCAUCCUUCUCAUUCCCAUCCUCAUUCCUCCAUCAGCCGAGUGACGUACAAAACAUCGAUAAGACUCAGUUGGAUCCCCACAGAGAUAGAUACACUCUCCCACUGGUUCCCCGUCACACAGAGAUGAGGAGAACCUGCCCUUUGGCAACUCAGACAGAAAGGUCGGACUGCCCGGUGAUUCAGCAGUGGAACCAGCAGGGGAUGCCUUUUACCUGGAGCCAGUUUCAAACAAAUGAGCAGUUUCUGUUUGCCCCCGGAUGUGAAUCAGCAUCACUGCACGGACUGAAAGUGAGACCACUGAAUCAGCAGGAAGAGCUAUAUUUUGACUGCAGCUUAAUUUCUUGA